UAGCAAAGUUUAUCAUCACCAGAAGAAUUUGUCUCUACAAAACCUAAUAUUUUUUGUAAUUUGUCUUGGUUAAGAGAAUGGUAGUAAGGAGACCACGUUAUGUUAAAGAACCAAUGCCGCUUGGCAUUUAUUCGACGUUUUUUGUGCAUCAGAGCGAAAGAAAAAAGGAGUUUGGGCGACAUUAGACAGUUAUGUACGAAGUCAUUGAAUAAAUCUAUUCUUUCUACCAAUGCAUUUGGAGUUCGUAACAGUGUGAAGGGAUCAUUUUGUAACUUUGUACAAUACACAAAAGAAGUUAGAUGUGCAUCAGAAACAUUAAAUAAGAGCAGUUCUGGUAUAGCACUUGGACUUGAUCCUGGUGUUAAGACUGAGCAUGUUCAAGAGGAUACGUUGUCUGUUGAUAGUUCAUUGAAAUUGUCAUGGAAACAGAAAUUUGGUUAUUACCUUCGACUAUCAAAGUAUCGUCUUACAGGCUUAGUAGUAAUUACCACAAUGGCUGGAUACAGUCUGGCACCGGGUGAAUUUUCUCCAUCAAUCUUAGCCUUUGCAUCUCUUGGUACUCUGCUGUGUUCAUCAUCGGCAAACACCAUUAACCAGUGGCUAGAAGUUCCAUUCGAUUCACAAAUGUCACGUACUAAAAAUCGAGUUCUGGUCCGUGGACUCAUGAGUUCAACCCAUGCGUUGUCGUAUGGUUUGGUCGCGGGAGUGGCGGGAUUAACUAUACUUUCAACGCAAGUCAAUGGAUUGACUGCUGCCUUAGGAGCGUCCACACUUCUCCUUUAUACCACAGUUUACACUCCGCUAAAGCGAUUGAGUAUCGCAAAUACAUGGGUUGGUUCCGUGGUUGGGGCCUUACCUCCGCUCAUGGGAUGGAGCGCUUGUACAGGAACGUUACACCCCGGAGCUUUUAUCCUUGGCGGCGUUUUGUACUCGUGGCAAUUUCCACAUUUCAAUGCCCUAAGCUGGAAUCUUCGCGGCGAUUACUCAAGAGCUGGCUAUCGAAUGAUGUCAGUUCUUAAUCCUGAACUUUGUCGUAAGGUAACAUUACGUCAUUGUAUUUCGCUCAUAGCUUUGUCAACGUUACUUCCGAUGAGUGAUGUCACAACAUGGUGGCUUGCAGUGGAUUCGCUUCCGUUAAAUGCAUGGUUUACCUUGUUAGCUUGGAGAUUUUAUAAGCGCUCGGACAAUAAGUCGGCGCGCAAAUUAUUUCGUUUCAGUCUCAUUCAUUUACCUUUGUUGAUGGGUCUGAUACUUUUUCACAAGAAAUGUAGCAAUGAAAGAGGUAAUGACUUCGAGGACAUUGCAGAAGAAAAGAAUAUUUUAAGUGCAUUUUAAUAAAACAAUGUGUCGCAAUAUGUCUCUCGGAAGUGAACAACAUUUAACUUGGUUUUGAUAUCGUUACCAGUUAGGGAGUGGUCAUGAUUAAAACUAGGGGUUGGACUAAAGAGAAAGGAGUUACAAAAAAAUCGGUUUAGGAUGUGGUUGAAGAAAAUGAAAUACCACUACAUGACUGAUGAAACUAACGUCUAAUAUAAAAUAGCAUUUUCCCCACGCGGGCGCUCAUUGGUUAAAUGCUCGAAAAACUCGUAUUCCUACUCUAUAGAAACACGGGAAUCUCAGUCUCGCAAAAGUCUCGCAGGUUGCCUGGUUUGCGCGAAAAAGGCUAAAUAUGAGCAAGAUGUCAUUAAAGAAUGUGUGUCAACCAAGAUGCAUUGCGCGUUAAUCACGGCGUGGCGGCCUUUUUCUGAGACGCGAAAAUGGCGGCUUGCGUUAUUAUUUGUUGUCCAUGGAACUUAGACCAACCGACAACUUUAAAAUAGAAUUUUUAAGUAAUUUAAAAGUUUUUAUUUGAAAUGGCUUCGUUUCCUAAUCGUGGAAGGCCAAAACGGAAAGUUGAACAACACCACGAGUGGAUAAGACAAAACGAGUUAAAUAGAAUGGCACAACAGGCAAUAGUGAAUUUGCUGCUUAUUUUCUUCAAAUUUUGAAUAAAAAGAAAAACGUAGCUAUAGUCCUACAUCUAUAAUUUACCACUACAAAACGAAUAAAUCGCUAUUAAAAAAUAACAACGUGGAAUUUUAAAUACAAUAACUGUAUUUUUUAAGUAUUUUAACAAAAAUAUGUUCUAAUAAAAAAGUGAAAUUUACUUGUACCUGUGUCCGUUUCGAAGUUUGUACUAACUCAGUAAUUACAGUCAAAAUUUUUAAAUAAUGUUUUUUUGCUGAAUUUUUCAGCUAAAUUAGAUGACGUAUAUUCGAGGAACUAGGAUUCAGUGUACCGAUGGCUCAAAAAUUAACGAUGUAAACAAAAGCAAAAGCGCGCAAUGCAUCGUGGUUGACACACAUUCUUUAAAAUCGAUAAUGUCUUUUGACUCUUUUCAAUAUUGUUUUUAAAAGUCUAUUUUACAAUGGAAAUAGAAAACAUAUUUACCUGUUCCUAUUAAGUUAUAGAAACAUUUGCGAAAGUUUAAGAGAAACCAGAAAUUGCUGAAUACACUUGUGCUUGUGCUUGCCACGCAAUUUCUCCUUUGUCUCAAAUCUUCUUGCGUGUUUCUAUAACUCUUUAGAAACUCGGAAAAUGCUUUAUAUUUCUUAAAUUAUGUAGCGUACAAGAAACUAAUACCUCUUUUAUCGAUACCAAUUCACUAGUGAUUAUAUCUCUCGUGUAUUUUAUACCACCGAAGAAAAACAAGUAUUUUAAGUGGUUUGUUGGUAAGGUGUUAAUUUUUAAGAUGAUUAAAUGCUAAGAAUUUCUCUUAAGUCUCACCCCUUACGUUAAUUGACCGAUCUUCUAUUGCGUCCAAACCUUGCAUACAAGUAUCGUUUAAAAAACUACUUUUUAAAUAUGUAAUGGAAGAAACCAAGCAUUUGGCGAAGCCAGCCAAAAAUGUUUUCUAACGAUGCAAAUUUUUCUACAAAAUGAUUUUUAACUUUCGAAAGUCAAUUCUAUUCAUUGUUUUUUCAUUGGAUGUACACGAAUUUAUUUGCAUCGUAGAAAUAUAAACGGGCUUGGCUUUGCUGCUACAUCUGAGUAGUUUUUAAUCUGUGCUUAUUCAUUUGAUUAAUCAAACAGUUAUUUAUUAAAUGACAUCUAUUUACUGUGAUAAAGAAUUAUAUGAAUUUUACACCGGUUUUA